AUGUUUUUCCUCCAACUCGUCGCCGCUAAAGGUUCAAAUGAUGCCACUAAAGGCAUUGUCGCUGAAGAUUCUCCCUUUUGCUCCCCACCUGGUCUCAGAACUAGGCACCCCACUUCUUCCGCCGGAGUGAUUUCCAGCUCUUCAUUGGCGUACCAACUGCUCCACUGGCGACAAUCCGAUUCUCCGACAAACUUCUCCACCGACAAAGGACAUUCCUCCAUUACAACCACCGUAACACCGCCAAUAUGUCGUCUGUCUCCAACGAACUUCUCCACCGGCGAAGGUAUUUAUUCCUUUCUCAUUUACACCGUAUUUUCUCUUUCUCUUCUUUCCUUUUCCAAUUUUGCUGAUUUUGGUGGUUUUAAGGAGAUUCCUCCAUUCUUCAACUAUUGUACAACCAUCGCAACACUGCCAAAGUGCUGCUUGUCUUUGGCGACGCUUACCACCUCAACUCCACCACUAUCGGUUCUACAACUACAUGUGCAUUAA